AUUAAACGCACGACAACAUAUUCGCUCCAUGUCACCAACGCUUAGUUUUUUAGAAGGUUUUAGAACACUACACGUGUGUUUAUAUAUUUAACGGAAACGUAUAGGCUGUGUUAAGUGCAGGAAGCUAUUUGAAGAUCAAGAGCACGUCCGGAAUAGAUUAAAACGUUGGCAUACACAGAGCCACACAAGCUAGCUAUAUAGACCACCAUGACAGAAGCUCAGUCGGAGUACGUAUGUACUCUGCCUCAAGAACUCGUAGAAAAGGCUGAGAAGGAACUCAAUGAAAAACCUCAGUGGAGAAGUAGAGACAUCCAGGCCCUCAGAGACAUGGUUGUCAAACAGAGAGAUCUGAAGAUAAGAACUGACGAUGCCUUUCUGCUGCGAUUCCUUCGUGCGAAAAAGUUUGACUAUGACCGGGCCUUUCAGCUGAUUAUGAACCAUUACAAAAUGAAGGUGGAGAACAGAGAGUUAUUUACUAACUUCCGCCCAUCAGCAGUCAAGCACGUGUUGGAUGACGGGGUGACAGGAGUUCUGUCUAGCCGUGAUAAAGAAGGUCGACGUGUCUGUAUAUUCCGACCAGGUUGGUUCAAUAAAGUUGAAAAAGUCCUCUACAUGUAA